AUGGAGUUUUCGGUCAAAUUUGCGUUGUUCGCCGUUUUCGCGAGCUCAUUUCUCCAACCCGAGCCGUGCAGACAUGCUUCUUGGUGCGGCGUUUGCGACAAAUUCAAGCGUGAUUUGAAGGUUGCAGCAGAAAAAAUGGCAGUGGAUGGAAACAAACGUUUGCGUAAGGUAAAAAUAGCCUUGGUCAACGGAGACAGGCAAAAGGGUCUCGUACAACGAUUCGGCAUUUACGCGUAUCCGACAGUCAAAUUUUACGCCUACGGGGUACCCAUGGAUUACAAAGAUGCUUCUUGGUGCGGCGUUUGCGACAAAUUCAAGCGUGAUUUGAAGGUUGCAGCAGAAAAAAUGGCAGUGGAUGGAAACAAACGUUUGCGUAAGGUAAAAAUAGCCUUGGUCAACGGAGACAGGCAAAAGGGUCUCGUACAACGAUUCGGCAUUUACGCGUAUCCAACAGUCAAAUUUUACGCAUAUGGGGUACCCAUGGAUUACAAAGGCACAAAAUUUAGGCGGUAUGGGAGCAAAACGUAUUGUUCGAUGGAUCAAACGGAAGCUGAAAACGUUCUGAGUCACACAAAAACAGCCGCCAAGUUCCGGUUCAACAGUGAAAUACGAGUGUCAGCGAAGGAAAAAAAACAAUUUGCGGAAUAA